AGGGUUUUUUCAUGGAGGAGGGGACAGUGUGGUGGAAAAAGUAGUGACUUCUCUUCUCUCUCCUAUCCCUUCCCCUCCUUUUCCUUUCCCUUCCUUUUCCCUACCCUCUUUUCCUUCCUCUCCCUUCCCUUUCCCUUCCCCUUCCCUUUCUUUUCCCUUCUUCCUUUCUUCUCUAUUCUCUAUCCAUCUCUCUCUCCUUCUCUCCUCGCUUCUUCCCCCCACUUCCUCUUCUCCCCUUCUCCCUUCUCCUUUCCCCUCAACAUUUCUCUUUUCCUUACCAUUCUCUCCUAUCUCCUUCUCCAAAUUCCAACACCAUGGCCAGCGCUUAUCAUUGGGAAGCCAGGCGCAGACAGAUGGCUUUGGACAGGAGGAGACACUACCAGCUUCAACAGGAAUUGAAGAACAAAAAGAUAGAAAAUGACCUGGAGGAACAAAGAUAUUGCAUGGGUCUUGAACCCUAUCAGCGGUACCGUUCUCCAAGCCCUGAUGCUGAUUACCUCUAUGGCAACCUGAGCCCAGAGACCUCUCACCGGAACACCAGCGCCUUCCUCACUGGAGAGAAUCCAGAUGACUUGAGAGGCUGCUUCAUGUUUCCUGAACGCCAUACUAUGGGCCACUGCAUGUGCCAGUGCCAGUGUCACUUCCAAGGUCAGGGCCAACAUCAGAGCAGAAACCACGAUCACGACGACGACCAGGAGGAGGACCAAGAUGAUGUGCAAGAAGUGGUCCACAGCAAGAGCCGAGACCGGAACCGGGACCCAUGUCAGAGCAAGAGCCAGGAGCGGGAGCGGGGCCUGGGCAAGGGCCAGCGCCAGAGCAAGAGCCAGGUCCGGGACCGGGAACAAAGUAAGAGCCAACGUCAGAGCAAAGAACAGAGAGAGACUGGACAUCACACUGGUCACCAUCAUCACAAAAUUCAUUCCGUGGGUCAUCAGCAAGCUGCCGCCGCCGCUGCCGCUGCUGCUGCUGCUGCAGCCCAUCAACCCCAAGAGUUCAAACACAGUGCCCCAGAUUCUACUCUUCGCCAUUCCAAACGUGGAAAAAGAUACACGGGGACCCUGCCAACCAACCCCGGGGCUCUCAAGAGAACCUUGGGACAGCAACAACUCAAUCUCCCCCAUUCUAGCUUUCAAUAAACCACUGGGCAUCAAAGAAGA